AAAAACAGAAAGAAAAGAAUGGAAUUUGCAGAACUGAGAGAAGCCAUAGAGCAGAUAGAGUUGGUGGAUUCUCAUGCUCACAAUAUUGUCCCUUCAGAUUCUUCAUUUCCCUUCAUCAAUUCACUGUCUGAAGCAACUGGCCAUGCCUUAUCCUUUGCUCCUCACUCCCUCUCUUUCAAGAGGAAUUUGAGGGAUAAUGCAGAACUCUAUGGCACAGAAUCAUCAUUGGAUGCCGUGGAACUGUAUCGCAGAUCAUUUGGCUUAAAAGCCAUUAGCUCGAAUUGCUUUAAAGCUGCAGGAAUCUCGGCUGUUCUCAUUGAUGAUGGAUUGAGACUUGACAAGAAGCAGGACUUACAGUGGCAUAGAAAUUUUGUUUCUUUUGUUGGUAGGAUACUCAGAAUUGAACACCUGGCCGAGGAGAUUCUUGAUGGAGAGAUGCCGGAUGGAUCUACUUGGACACUAGAUGGGUUCACUGAAACAUUUGUGAGAAGCUUAACGUCAGUUGCAAAUGAGAUUGUUGGCUUGAAAAGCAUAGCUGCAUACCGUAGCGGUUUAGAAAUCAACCCACAUGUCACCAAAGAAGAUGCUGAGGCUGGUCUUUCUGAAGUUUUAGAAAGUGGGAAGCCUGUACGCAUUGCCAAUAAAAGCUUGAUUGACUAUAUUUUCACGCUUAGUUUGGAGAUCGCUUGUCAGUUUGAUUUUCCGUUGCAGAUACACACAGGUUUUGGAGACAAAGAUUUGGAUUUACGGCUAUCAAAUCCUCUUCAUCUCCGGAAACUUCUUGAAGACAGAAGAUUUUCUAGGUGUCCGAUAGUUCUUUUACAUGCAUCGUACCCAUUCUCGAAGGAAGCUUCAUAUCUGGCCUCUAUUUAUGCCCUGGUUUACCUUGACUUUGGGUUGGCAAUUCCCAAGCUCAGUGUUCAUGGGAUGAUAUCCUCAGUCAAAGAACUUUUGGAACUAGCCCCCAUAAAGAAGGUGAUGUUCAGCACUGAUGCAUAUGCAACUCCUGAAACAUACUACUUGGGUGCCAAAAGAGCUCGUGAGGUUGUCUUUUCUGUUCUACGUGACACAUGCAUUGACCGGGAUCUUUGAAUCGCUGAAGCUAUUGAAGCAUCCAAGGAUAUCUUUUCUCAGAACGCAAUUCAGUUAUACAAGAUUGAUAUAGGCAGGAAACCUUUUGAUUCAAAAGCUAGUGAAUCUCCCAACAGUUACAUGAUAGGGACAAAUGUUCGAGAAGAUAGUGUUUCCCUUGUUCGUAUUGUGUGGGUUGAUACUUCUGGACAACAUAGAUGCCGUGUUGUUCAAAAGAAACUCUUUGAUGAUGUUGUGAAGAAAAAUGGUGUUGGUUUGACUUUUGCAUGUAUGGCUAUGAGUUCAGGUACGGAUGCUCCGUCUGCUGGAACUAAUCUGACUGUGACGGGUCAGAUCAGGCUUAUGCCCGAUCUAUCAACUAUGAGGGAAAUUCCAUGGACAAAACAAGAGGAGAUGGUUUUGGCUGACAUGCACCUUAGACCUGGUGAACCAUGGAAAUACUGCCCUAGAGAAGCAUUACGAAGGGUUUCAAAAAUUUUAAAAGAUGAGUUCAACUUGGUAAUGAAUGCAGGAUUCGAAAGCGAUUUUUUUCUCCUGAAAAAGCUCGAAAGGGAGGGGAAAGAAGAUUCCUGGGUGCCAAUUGACUUGUCACUUUACUGCUCCUCCUCUGCAUUUGAUGCUGUCUCCACUUUAUUUAAAGAAAUUGUUGCAGCUCUCAAUUCCUUGAAUGUCCCUGUUGAGCAGUUGCAUGCAGAAGCUGGACAUGGUCAGUUUGAAUUGGUUCUGGGGCACUCUGCUUGUACUUAUGCCGCUGAUAAUUUGAUUUUAACACGCGAAGCUGUUAGGGCUGUUGCAAAUAAACAUGGGCUGUUGGCAACUUUUGUCCCCAAGUAUGCUUUGGACGACGUAGGUUCGGGAUCCCACGUGCAUCUAAGUUUAUGGAAGAAUGGACGGAAUGUUUUUACAGCAUUGGAUGCAUCUAGUCAGCACGGAAUGUCGAAAAUCGGGGAGGAGCUCAUGGCCGGGGUUUUGGCCCAUCUUCCUUCGAUUUUGGCAUUCAUAGCAUCAGUUCCGAAUAGUUAUGCUCGAAUUCAACCUGAUACAUGGAGUGGAGCGUAUUGGUGCUGGGGAAAAGAAAACAGAGAAGCACCUAUAAGAACUGCAUGUCCACCGGGAAUCCCACAUGGUCUGGUGAGCAACUUUGAGAUUAAAUCUUUUGAUGGAUGUGCUAAUCCGCACUUCGGCUUGGCUGCAAUACUUGCUGCUGGAAUCGAUGGCCUACGGAACCACCUUCCUCUGCCUGAACCUAUUGAUGAAAACCCGGCUAUACUCGAUGGGAAACUACCGAGACUCCCGAUGUCACUUUCGGAAUCGGUGGAAGCUCUUGAGAACGACAAUGUGUUGAGGGAGAUGAUUGGUGAAAAGCUUUUCACAGUUAUAACAGGAGUUCGAAAGGCGGAGAUUGAAUACUAUUCAAGGAACAAGGAGGCAUACAAGAAACUUAUACACAGUUAUUAAGCCGCUGGUCGGCCAAUUGUAUCGAUAUCCGGGCAUUUUCUGUAGGCAAACUCCAUGAUCCCUGUGCUUUGGUUAUUCCCAUUGUGUUAAAAAAUGGAGGAGAAGUUCCAAUAAUUAGGGGAAAA